CCUGGAAGCCAUUACGGUUCCAGCCUCAUAACAGAAGAGCCUUGUCUAUGAGCUUUGGAGAUGGAGAGCGAAGGGAUUGAGAAUAGGGAUGGGAUGGAGGUUGUCGAGCAGAAGGUCAAGAGACCAGGUGUAGUAACGAAGAAAAUGCUAGUCAUGUCAAGUAUGCUAUGUGGAGGCAUCGCUUUUCUUCUUUGGGCAAUGUUAGGAUUUCCUAGAAAAUUUAAAAAUCCAAGGAUAUUUAAAGACAAUACAUGCUCAGAGGAUGAAACUAUAUGUCCACAAGGCUGGAACCAAGUCAAUAAUAAUUGCUUCUUUCAAUCUGAACAUGAAAAAACUUGGAUAGAUGGCCAAGCAAACUGCAUAGCCUAUCGUGGAUCUCUGGCCAUAUUCAACUCCAAGAAUGAAGUGGAAUCUUUGAUGCCCUAUCUGGAACCGUCUUCAUAUUGGAUUGGACUAAAGAAGCCAAAUGCAAGCGCACCCUGGGUGUGGGCAAAUGGAGAUGCAUUCGACAAUUGGUUUAAUAUUGAAGGAAGUGGAACAUGUGCCUUCAUGUUUAAGAAUGGCAUAAGCAGUGCCAGUUGCAAUGAUGCAAUAAAAUAUAUAUGCAGCAGAGAAUCCUUUUGUCCUUAGACACAGGGUCCUUCAUAAUAAAGUAAAUAAAAUA